UCAAAAUCUCCUCUCAUCUCCUAUCCUAUUUCCGCCCGCCUCCCAAAGUCCCUUUUGACUCUCUUAUCUUUUCUAUAAAUAUUACAUCAUACUUUCUUCUUUUUUCACUUCUCACUUUCUCAUUCUUUUGCUUUCUUCCAUUCUUCCUUACUUCAUCUCAAAGAAAUCACUGAUCAAAAUCAAUCAUCAUUAUACCUUCAUCUUUCGAAACCCAGCGUUCACCUUUAUUUCAUAAGCAGAUAAUUUCAUAUAUCUCUUAAACAACAGAAAAAGAUGAAGAACGUGCUUAUCAGAAUUUCUUUGGAAGAUAACAGUUCGGUGUCUUCAUCCCACCAUACUUCAGCUACUGGGCGUACUUUUUCGGAAACAAUCAUGGUGGAAGACAUCGAAAACGCGGAGCAGAUUAUCCGGAAAUGGGAUUUGGACUCCCGGCCCACUUUAACCGACUCUUCCUACAACAAUUCUCCGACACUUUUCACCACCGGAGAAGCCCAAUUAGAAGCCCGAAAGUUCUUCGGCGCCAUCUCCGACUUGCGGCACGCGAUGCGUUACUUCCACGAGGAUGAUUCCGGUUCACCCAUGCUCGUCCGGGCACACAACUUGAUGGAAAUUGCCAUGAAGCGGUUAGAGAAGGAAUUCCACACCAUCCUCAAGACUCACCGGACGACCAUUCUCUCGCCGGAAUCCGUCUCCGGGCGCUCAACCAACCACCGCCGCUACUACUCCAGGCAUUCUUCUUCCGCCGGGUCGAGAUUCUCCGACGAAGAGGGAAACUCCGACGACGGCGAAUCUUUCGAUUUCGAAAGCUUCAAGAGCUCUUUAAUCGAGUCAUCCGAAGCUGACAAGGAGACCGAACUCGUGAUGGCGAAUCUAAAAAGUAUAGCGGAUUGUAUGAUUGGUUCCGGAUACGGAAAAGAAUGCGUUUACAUUUACAAGAUCAUCCGUAAAUCCAUCGUCGAUGAGGCUUUGUACAAUCUCGGAGUCGACAAAUCGGAAUAUUCUCAGUCCCAGGUUUCGAAACUCGGGUGGGAUGCUCUGGAGAUCAAAAUAAAGAAAUGGAGACCCGCCGUCAGGACCGCCGUGAAAACCCUCUUCCACGGCGAAAGGGUACUUUCCGACCACGUUUUCUCUUCCUCCAAAAGCAUCCGGGAAUCUUGUUUUGCCGAGAUUUCUAAAGACGGCGCUCUCACCCUCUUCACCUUUCCCGAGAAUGUAACCAAGAAUAAGAAGAUUUACUCCCCGGAGAAAAUCUUCCGGUUUCUGGAUAUGUACGAGGACAUCUCCGAGCUCUGGGCCGACGUCGAAACGGUGUUCUCCUCGGACUACUUCUCCGCCGUCAAAUCUCAGGCGACGAAUUCACUCCUGAAACUCGGUGAGGCGGUGAGAGUAAUGCUCUCUCAGUUUGAGUCAGCCAUCGAGAAAGAAACCUCCAAGACGGCGGUUCCCGGCGGCGGGAUACAUCCUCUAACCCGCUACGUGAUGAAUUACUUGGUUCUCCUCUCCGAUUACAGCGGUCCGGUGGCAGAUAUCAUCGCCGACUGGCCGUCGGCGCCGCAUACGCCCUUGCCGGCGUCUUAUUUCGCCAGCCCAAUCUCCGUCGUCGGCGGCGGCGUUGAGGACAGCUCGCCGGGAGCGGCGCUCUCCGUCCGGCUGGCGUGGAUUAUCCUUGUCCUUCUCUGCAAGUUGGACAGCAAAGCGGGGCUCUACAGGGAACACGUGGCGCUUUCCUACCUAUUCUUGGCUAACAACUUGAACUACGUCGUUUCGAAGAUCAGAACAUCGAAUCUGGUCCUCCUUAUGGGGUCCGAUUGGAUAUUCAGUCAUGAGUCAAAGGUCAAACAGUAUGUUGAGAAGUACGAAAAGAUCGGCUGGGGGAAGACGCUGGCGUCACUCCCCGACGAUCCAAUGGCGGAUACCCCUUCACGUAAAGUUAUUGAUUGCUUCGAGCAAUUCAAUUCGGGUUUUGAAGAAGCAUACCGGGCACAGAGUUCAUGGGUGAUACCCGACCCAAAUCUCCGUGACGAAGUCAAAGUUUCUAUAUUUAAGAAACUGGUCGCGCCAUAUCGAGUGUUUUACCAGCAGUACAGAAAGAUAGCGGAAGGUUCAAUUGUCAGGUAUGCCCCUGAGGAUUUGGAGAAUUACCUGUCGGAUUUGUUCUUUGGCAAUUCCAUUAGCGGCGGCAGUUCUAGAUCGCGCUCACCGUCACAAUCACCGCCAUCUUCUUCACGGGGUUGGUGAUCAGUACAGAUAGGAUAUAUGUAAAGUUUACCAUCACAUUUCUUGGGUUUGGCGGAUUUGGCGGCUUUGGCCAUUAUUUGUUUGCCGGCCUAAAAAGACCACUUAGAGUUUUGUACAAGAGAAUAUAGAGUAGGAAUGAGUGAAAUGUAAAGGUUAAGAUUCAAGAAGAGAUUGGACAAUCAGGAAGAAAGUCCUUUCUUUUCUUUUUUUUUUUCGAUCAAAAGAUAGAAAAUCCUUUCAAUCCACAUAUGAGCUCUUAAGGAAAGGUGUGAACACUGGUAUUUUCCACAUUAAUGUGUCUAGAUAACAUUGUUGGGCCAUUUUUCCCAAAAUUUCUGCAUGAUCAAUCGUCAAACCUCUUCUUUACCAACGGUGGCUAACCCUAGA